CACCGGAAGUUAAACCGAGCGUGCAAAUACCUUUACGGAAAAGUGUCCCCGCAGCAGUGAGCACCUUUUCCUUCUCUUCAACCGAUACGAGGACAACAGUUCACCUGAACUCUGACAGCCGUCUGCGUCUAUCAACAUGGCCGUGUUUGAGCACUCCCUCCUGCUCCUGGAGCUCAAAGCUUUGACCCCCACGGAGAAGAGGAAGCUGAGAUCAGCGGUCACGGACAACGGAGGCACGAUUUGCUACGUGGUCAACAAGCAGUGCUCUCUGGUAGUGACCGGCAAUUUGGCCGACCUGAGCGCCAGUCGUCUGCGUGGCAUCCGGAGGCACGGCACGCCCGUGGUGGGGGUGGACUACGUGUACGGCUGCCUGGAGAGAGGCUUCCUUCUGCCCGCGGACGACUACAAGCUGGAGGCCUCCUCGCCUCCUCCCGCCUGCCCCGCCGCCGCCGCCGCCACCCCACGCCACGCGUUGGCAGCACCGCCGGUCGAGCCGAGCCAGGGGUCAGUCGGGCCGGGUCAGAGGGCGCUGAGUGCAGGCGUGCGGGAGGAGUUCAGAAUUUACACCGAAACCGAUCCCGAUCUCCCGAAGUAUCCGCUCAACUUUCAAGUGGCAAAGUAUUGCGUCUUUGAAAAGGGAAACGGCGGCGCCUGGUGCGUGCUGGAGCUGCAGAGCCACGCGGGGGAGGGCGCACGUCGGUACCGAGUGGUCCGCUACUGGAAGGACGACGUGUCGGCCGAGGCGGCGGCGGUGAGGGACGCGCUGGUCUUCCUGUCGGCGUCCGAGGACGCUGUGGAGGUGUACGAGGCCCAGCGAGAGAGCCUGCAGGCCGCCGGGCUGCAGCCCAGGACCAGCACUCCCCCACAAGCCCCCCACCUGGGCUCUGCCCCCCUCCAGCAGCUGCUGCUGGAGGAGAGGCUGAACACGGGAAGCUUAUCGCAGGAAGUGGGCGUGUUCGUAGAGCUGCUGUGGACCGAGGCCCUGGGUCGCCUCGGCAACAUCCUCCGAGUACCCAUCCACAAGCUGAGCCUCAACGACGUCAGCAGGGCCGAGGGCUUGUUGCUCCAGGCUCACAGCAAGCUGAGGGGGGCGGAUGGUUCUGAGGUUGCGUCGCUCCUUCAUGAGGUUCACGCCGUUCUGUUGCACGUGGCGCCCUCCCAGACUCCUCCCACUGCCAGGCUCAUCUCCCAGAGACUGGACCUGUGCCAGUUGAUCCGAGAUGUUCUGAACGUGAGCGAGAUGACCAUGGGGAGCUCCGCCCCCUCCUCCCUGGGGAAGUACCGCGCCAUGAGGUGCAGCAUCGACGCCGUCCCCCCCGAUUCCCCCGAGUUUCAGGCCGUGGCCGCUUUGGUGCGGGACAGCCGGGUGCACGUCCAGCGGGUUCUGCGCGUCAGCAGGGGGGCGGAGCUUCAGGCGUUUAAGAGCGAGCUGGGGAACAUUAAGCCCCUCCUCCAUUCCUCCAGCCCCAGCAACUUUGUGGGGGUCCUGUCUCGCGGCCUGCUGCUGCCGCGUGUCGGAGUGGAGCAUCAUGGGAUAGAGAGGACCGACGUCGGUAGCCUGGGCAGCGGAAUCUACUUCAGUGAUGCCGUCAGCACCAGCCUGAAAUACUCCAAGCCCAGCGAGACGGACGGCUCCCGGCUGCUGCUGGUGUGCGACGUGGCGCUGGGACGCUGCAAGGACGAGCACAAGGGGGACGUCACGCUCACCCGGGCUCCCGAGGGACACCACAGCGUGCACGGCGUCCGCCGCGGCCCCAACGCCCCCUCCGAGUUCGAGGACGAUGAGUACGUGGUCUACAGUCCCGAUCAGGUGAAACUGAAGUACGUGGUUCAGUUCGCGGUCGAGGGCGACCGUCUGAAGGAGUUCAGCCCGGCCAUCGACACCUCGGCUCAGCCGGCUCCGCCCUCUUGUGACCGAGGUUGGGAUGAUGAGGAAGACGUUGGCAGCAUCAGAAACCCGCUGGCGGAGGCGAAGGCCGGACUGUUGGACGGCUCGGGUCAGCAGCUCCCCCUGCGGGCCGUGCACGUGAGGUGCAAACUGAUGGAUCUUCUCUCCCAGGUCGUCGUCUUCCAAGAAUACACCAACCGGGGCUCCGCCCCCAUCGAGGCCAAGUACGUCUUCCCAUUGGACGAUUCUGCGGCGGUUUGUGGGUUUGAAGCUUUCAUCAAUGGGAAGCACGUGGUGGGACAGGUGAAGGAGAAGGAGACGGCUCGGAAGGAGUACAAGCAGGCUGUGGAGAAAGGCCACGGGGCCUACCUCAUGGACCAGGACGCCCCGGACGUGUUCACCAUCAGCGUGGGAAACCUGCCGCCCGGAGCCUCCGUCCUCAUCAAGGUCACCUUCGUGUGCGAGCUGGUCGUCAGGGACGGCAGCGUGCUCUUCUCUCUGCCCGGCAGCGUGGCUCCGUGGCAGGAAGGGGCGGCGCUCAACCAGACCACGCAGGUGACUGUGGAGAAGGUGUGUGUGAUGUUUGAGGAGGACAGAGAGUUCACGCUGGACAUGUCAGUCGAGAUGCCCAAUAAGAUCACCGACCUGCAGUGCAUCACUCACAGAGUCAGGAUCAAGAGGACGGACUGCAAGGCGGUGGUGAGCGUGCUGCCCGGUGAGCUCAUGGGUGUCGACGGUUUCCAGCUGUCAAUCACUCUGUCUGAGGUGCACCUGCCCAGGAUGUGGGUGGAGAAACACCCCGACAAGGACAGCCAGGCCUGCAUGUUGGUGUUCUAUCCGGACUUUGAGGUGGAGUCCUCGUCGGCCCCCGAUGAGGUGGUCCUCCUGGUGGACUCGUCUGAGUCCAUGAAGGGAGAGCCCCUCCUCGCCGCCCGGAGGAUCGCCCUGCAGGUCCUCAAAACCCUCGGCAGCCACCUGAGGGUCAACGUGCUCUUCUUCGGCACGGACCACACGGAAGCUUUCCCGACGGCUCGGCCGCUCGGUGACGCUCGCGCGGACGCAGAGGUCGUGGUCAAGCUCGCCCCUCCUGUAGGGGGCGGCACCGAGCUGUGGCGGCCCCUGAGGGCCCUCGGCCUGCUGCCCCCGUCCCGCGGCGUCAGGAACCUCCUGCUGCUGUCGGACGGCCACGUGCAGAACGCCGAGCUCGCCCUGCGGCUGCUCCGGGACGGCGCCGGCCGCAGCCGCCUCUUCGCCUGCGGCCUCAGCCCUACAGCCAAUCGGCACAUGCUGAGAGCCUUGGCCCAGGCGGGGGGCGGAGCCUAUGAAUUCUUUGACACGAAAACCAAACACAACUGGGCGGAGAAGGUGGCGCGGCAGGUGAAGCGGAUGGCUUCCCCCGGCUGCAGCUCGGUGGCGGUAAAGUGGCAGCAGUUCAGCCCGACGGCGGCCUCUCCGGUCCAAGCGCCCCGGCAGCUCCCCGCGCUGUUCAACGACUGCCACGCGCUGGUCUACGGCUUCGUGCCGCACUGCACGCAGGCCACUCUGCGCGGAAACCUGAGCGGUCAGGAGCUGAACACCAUGGUGUCGACCAGCGAGCUGCAGAAGACCAGGGGCACGUUUCUUCACAAACUCACAGCGAGGGCUCUCAUCAGGGAUCACGAAGACGGAAGCCUGGACGGCGACGAAGCCCAGCACGAGGGGAGGAAAGCGGAGCUAAAGCGAUUCAUCGUCGAGUUAAGCAAAGAGUUCUCCAUCCUGUCUCAGUUCACCAGCUUCGUGGCCGUCGAGGAAAGGAACUCGACACAAACCGAGGAGGGCGUCACCGACAUCCCCAAGCUGAUCUCAGAGGAAGACGUGGACUUCCUCCCCUACCUCGACUGGACCCGGACGUCUCCUAGUGAAGACGAGUCCCCGGUUGGCUGUUGUCUAUCGAUGGUAGAAAUGGAUGUUGAGGGGACGGAUGUCUUCUUGGGAGACAUGGCAACAUCACACGGGCUCAGCAGUGAUGUGGAGGAGGAUUAUUAUCCAAACGCAUGUUAUGACGAUAUAAUGAUGACUGAAAGCAUCUCUCCAGCCUGUUCACCACCCUUUACUCACAAGUCUGAGGCAUCGAAUGGUGCAGUUUGCUUGAAAAGGAGGAGUGAAAGGCAGAAGGUCAGAGAGGAGGUGGACAGUGAGGAAGUUUCCUAUUGUCAUCCUCCAGCUUCUGCUUCUUCUUCUUCUUAUUAUCCUCCUCCUCGUCCGUUCGGAGGUUCACUUCUGCAACCCCAAUCUGCAGCCCUCCACGUCCUUCCUCCUCCUCCUCCUCCUCAUCUGUUCGGAAUUUCACUUAAGAACCGCCAACCUGCAGCCCUCCUUCCUCCUCCUCCUCGUCCGUUCCGAGGUUCAUGUGGGGAACCCCAAUCUGCAGCCCUCCACGUCCUUCCUCCUCCUCCUCCUCGUCCGUUCCUAGGUUCACUUGGGGAACCCCAACCUGCAGCCCACCACCCAAUAUGGCCCCAUUAUGGUUCUGCCAGGUCAGACCUGGCCUUUGGUUCAGCAUUCUCAGGGUUACAACCUGUCAAUCAACCUGCAGGUUCCGUUCUAAUCGAUUCAGUAGAGGUUCGCACCCCGUGGAGCAGCAUGGGGGGCGUUGAGGAUGAGCCUCAGUGUCCUGGCGAGAGAUUAGAAAGUGAUCUGGAAACGUGCUUCCUGGCAACUAAUCUCGACUCGCCGUCCCCAGAUAUUUCCAGCCAACAGCAACAGUUGCGUGUCCUUGCGGACUCUGUUCAGUCCCCAAAAAAGAAGCUGUUUAAACAGGUCGAGGCACGAUCAAGACGGCUCGCAAGUCUGAUCGCAGGUCCAGAACAGUCCUAUUUAGGUUCCAGUUGCGAUGGCUCAAUGGCUGAAUUCCCAUCCCUCAAACAAGAUCAGCCAAUGACAGUCGGCCCUCCGGUUCCAUCUCGCAGAGCAAGACGUCUCUCGAGUUCAGGAAUAGCUUCAAACUUGCCAGCGGUUUAUGGCUUGUAUGUGAGUGACAGGCGGUGUUCAAUGGAGCACAGAUCUGCGUCACAUCGUCGACCCCAGAUAGGUGCGAGAGCGGAACCUGAACGGCUCCGUCUCAAGUGGACAAACGUCUUCCUGAUGCAACAUUCGGAGGGCUUCUGGGAGUUGACCACACAGCUGGGUGAACUCGUCAAUGUCGACGUAGACCUCUUCGCCAACGAGUUCCUGAAAAACAAGGGCAUCCGGUCUCUAGGUGUGAGGGCCCACACUGACAUCCUCAGGCUGCUGGCAACCCUUCUGGUCCUGCAGCUGAUGAGGGUGGAGAAGCUGGAGGAGGGCAAACUGCUCCGCACGCUCUUCAGCCUGGACGAGUCCCCCCCGCCCAGGCCGGCGCGCUGGGAGGAGGUGAAGCGGGCGGUGCACUGGGUUUGCUGGGCGGACCGCCGGUACCCGUGCGUCUACAGCCGGCUGGAGUUUGGUCUGAGCUGGGAGACCUCCACCCGGCAGCUGCUGGGCUUCGAGGGCCUCCCCCCCUUCUCCGCUCUCAGGGGGCUGAAGCUGCAGCUUCUGGCCCUCUGAACGGCCUCAGCUAACGACAUUAGCUUCGUUUCUCAGCCAUGAGUGCUGAUUCUAAUUGUCUUCUUACAUGUGCACACAUCCAUGUUAACGGGAUAAUCACGUCUUAUUUUGUGUAGUGUGGAGAUCCAGGUCAUAGGGACAAUCUGGGCAGUGCUCUUUGCCAUUUAAACCGAGCGCUGCUUCUUUUCCAGAUAUUUUAAUAUUCUUGACGACACAAAGUUGCAUCAAAGCAACGGGAUCUUUCUUAAUGCAAAAUAACAUUUAACAGAGCUCUGCUAUCUUUUCCCCCCGAUGCUGCGUUCCCGCUUAGAAACAAAUGAGAUGAAACUGAAAGAAGGGUUUUCUUCACCUGUAUUCGACGGAGAGAAAACCAGCAACCUCUCGUGUUAAUGUUCAUGUUACUAAUAUUCAAAUCCUUGUGCGGCCUUAAUUCACUAAAAAUAUGUGCUACUAUUGCAAAUGACACACAAUCUGUAUCUGUAUGCUUCCUAUCGUUUCCAUGGUAACAGUCACAUGUGAGUUUAAUGUGUGACUUUUUAAAGGUACCGCACCAAUCGACUGGCCUUGCUUUCAAUAUAUAACUACCUUUUAAAACAUUUUACAUAUUACUUUUACUUCAGUGGGGUUUUGAAUAAGUGGUUUGUCCUUGUAGUGGAGUAUAUAUAAAUGUGUACAGCUGCAUUAAUAUGCAUGAUCAAUUUUACAGCUGGCGUAAGGUUGUGCUAAAAUAUAACUUCUUCCUUCAGUUUGUACCGUGAAUUGGUAAUUGAUUACAAUACUUUAGUAUAUUGCGUGGUGGUGGUUUGAUUUUAUAUUUAGUUCCAUUCUCCGCUAUGUGAAGAUAUAAAUCCUUCUUUAUCACUGCCUUUCGUUCUCUUUACCACUUCUCUUUCUUCUCUUCUGCUGAAGUUCUAUAAAAAACAUGAGGUAAAGAACACCUUACAAAAAAAUACAGUUUUUGUAUUAUUUUUAUGUUGUUUGCUUUAUAAAGUUUCUUGUAUUGAAUCUUGAAA